AUGAAUACUGUAGCAUCUACCGAGACAUCAGCGGGUCGCCGUUCUGCUCGGAUCAUCUCCCAAGGCGGACCCAAAGCWUGGCCUGCCGACACAUUCGGGCCCGAAUCAUCCGAAAGAGAUUCACCAAGUAGUGAAGAGGUCACACAAGACGAGAAUUGGGCAUCUGACGAAGAAGACUUGCAUGAGAACGAGGUCAUAGUAGACAGCGAUAUUCCCCGGCCUAGCAAGACGCAGUCCUACGGCGGAGGCCUCAAGAAGCAUGGCCAAAGGAGUGAUGAGUACCGGUCGGGACCGAAGAGACCGCAUCAGCAGAGUGAUCUGGAUCCGAACCACGAUCAGAAGCGGCGCUGUACCACCGGCGAACACGAGGACGAGCACGAUGAAGAGCCGAGACCACUGGGCCGUGAUGCUAUAAGACCCAAGCUUGAACUGCCCACCUCUUAUCCCACGACCGCAAGCGGGCAGUCACAUGUACUCGCAUCGGACGAGCGAAAAGUGAAACUUGUCAUCAAGAGCAUUGAUCAGAUCUCGAUGAAUUUCUAUGUGAGGCUAUCCAGUAUCGACAAGAUUGGAAGUCUAAGUCGACAGCUCCAAGUACCAAUGGACGCUUCGAUGCAACAGUUCGAGUGCUCCACCCUUUCCGAAGAGAAUGCCAUCUUCCAGGCUAUUGGGUACCUCGAGGGCGUUCAUCUUACACCAUUGUCGUCGGAGACAAAUGCCAGUGGAAUGCUGAAGCAACUGUACGAAAGAAUCAAGCUUUUCGACCUCAGCCAGGAGUUGAACAUCGUCGUCCUUGAGAUCGCAGUUUUAGAGGGCCUUUUUGAUCACCUUGUUCUCGAUGCAGGAACCUUUGCUCAGUUCGCCAGAGCUUGCUACGAUCGUAAAGCUGGGCACAGGAUUGAAAGGGAUUCAACCCUAGGGCAGCUCGUGAAAGCCGGACUUUCCCGCCUCAUGCCAGAACUGAUUGCUUCUGGAAUUGCGGAUGAUCUAAGGAAAGCGAGAGGCCCCCUGGCGGAAGAAUUGAUGGAUGUCGUGUGGAAACGACACAUCAAGUUGGAGCAGCAGAGGGUUGCCCGCGUGAUAGCUGACCGGGACGUCCUCGAGUGA